CGGAAGUCUUAACCUAGAACAAAUACAAAUUCAAAAAAAAAAAAAAAAAUCGAGGUAAGCCCUCGACUUCGCAAAUCUCUUGAUUCCGAAGCCAAUCUUCUGGCGGAACAAAAUCAUGUUUUUCCGAACUCGAUAGUAUCGGAGUUUUAAGGCGCUUACGGAGAAAGUGUUGAAGGAGCUAAGAGGUUCUUAGAUGGCGCACCGAUUUUUGAGAGAUCACCAGGCCGAUGGUUGGGAGCGUUCUGAUUUUCCUAUCAUCUGUGAGUCAUGUCUCGGUGACAACCCUUACGUGCGAAUGACAAAAGCUGAUUAUGAUAAGGAGUGUAAGAUCUGCACACGACCAUUUACAGUUUUUAGGUGGAGGCCUGGUCGUGAUGCAAGAUUUAAGAAGACUGAGAUUUGCCAGACAUGCAGUAAGUUGAAAAAUGUUUGUCAAGUAUGUCUCUUGGAUCUGGAAUAUGGAUUGCCUGUUCAGGUUCGCGACACUGCCCUCAGUAUCAGUUCCAAUGAUGCCAUUCCUAAGAGUGAUGUGAACAGGGAGUACUUUGCCGAGGAGCAUGAUCGCAGGGCUAGAGCUGGUAUUGACUAUGAAUCCUCAUAUGGGAAGGCACGGCCAAAUGAUACCAUCCUGAAGCUUCAAAGAACACAGCCUUAUUACAAGCGCAACAGAGCGCACGUAUGCAGUUUUUAUGUUCGUGGUGAAUGCACAAGAGGUGCUGAGUGCCCUUAUAGGCAUGAAAUGCCUAUAACAGGAGAGUUGUCACAGCAAAAUAUUAAAGAUCGUUAUUAUGGAGUGAACGACCCUGUUGCACUGAAGCUACUCAAUAAGGCUGGUGAAAUGCCUUCUCUGGAACCCCCUGAGGAUGAAAGCAUUAAAACACUUUAUGUGGGUGGAGUUGAUGCAAGGGUUACCGAACAAGAUCUGAGGGACAACUUUUAUGCCCAUGGUGAAAUUGAAUCCAUAAAGAUGCAUCCACAAAAAGCAUUUGCUUUUGUGACUUACACAACAAGAGACGGUGCAGAGAAGGCUGCAGAAGAGCUGUCUAACAAACUAGUUAUAAAGGGUCUGAGGCUGAAGCUGAUGUGGGGUAAACCCCAGACACAAAGACCUGAAUCAGAAGGUUCAGAUGAAGCUAGGCAGCAAGCAGUGGCUCAUAGCGGAAUGUUGCCUCGUUCACUUAUAUCUCAAAAACAAAAUCAAUAUCAACAGCCUGACACUCAGGACCAAGCUGCACCAACUCCUUACUUCAAUAUUCCUCCUCCACCUCAGCAGGAAAGAGCCUAUUAUCCAUCCAUGGAUCCUCAAAGAAUGGGUGCACUUGUUCCAUCCCAGGAAGGUGAGAACCAGUCAGGUCCAGAGAAGCUGCAACAAGGACAGCAUUAUAAUUAUCCACCCAUGCUGCCUCCUCAUGGGCAACAUCACCAACAUCUUUAUCCUCCUUAUGGAUAUAUGCAUCCAAUGGCCCCAUAUCAACAUUACCCUUCACCAUAUCAGUCUUCAAUGCCCCAGCCAAAUGCACCACCUAUGACACAGCAGUAUCAGCAUUCUGGUCCACCAAGGCCGGCUCCCCUAGUGUCUGCAACCCCAUCAUCAGGGUCUGCAUCCUCAACAUCAGCUCCUUCUGGGUCUUCUCCAGCAGUUUCUGCACCACAAGCAUCAUCACAGUAAUGAAACCACAAUGCUGCUUGUAGCUCUGUGUAUCAUAAUUUCUGGUCAAUGGACUCGUAAAGUGGCCAUUGUUUUGUAGUUAAAUAUUUUAUUUCUUGUACAUGUGCAAUUUACCAGAAUUUAACAGUUUCUAUGCUGGUA